AGAUUAAAGCGCGGAGCCGCCCGCGCGCCGUCACUCCCGGUCCGCCCGCCGCCAUGGUUCGCACCAAGGCCGACAGCACCGCCUGUACAGGCUCCUUCCGCAAGGCUGUUGCUGCAAGAGCACCAAGGAAAGCACUUGGAUGUACGAGUACAGCCAACACCUCUUUAACAUCCCCGGGAAAAAAGGAAAGCAAAUAUGCUGGUGGAAACCCAGUCUGCCCAAGACCUACUCCUAAAUGGCAGAAAGGGAUUGGAGAAUUCUUUGGUGGUCCUUCCAAACUGCCUGAGAAAGAGAAUACUGUACCUUCAGUUGAUGAUGAGGAGGAGGCCUGCGGGAGCAAGUCUGAAACGAGCAAAACUCCAAGAAGGGCACUUCCUCUUUCCCCAGAGCCCACGGAAGAAGAGACUUCAGCUGGAGAAGACUGAAAACUGGUUUAAUUAAAGAUCACCACAUCUAAUACUUGAACAGUUCUUCUGUGACCUGUACAUUUGUAUAUAUGCCUGUUGCUGUGUAGUAUGGGUACAUUUAAGUUUGUCUUGUACAGAAAUUUAAUAAAAUACUUUAAAAUAUGCUG